AUGUCGAGGAGUAAUAGACAGCCUGUCAGUCUUUUCGAACUUGGUGAAAACGGAAAAUUAGUGCUGAUAUCACAAACUCUGUGCCGUAGAGAACAGGUAGUUGCAGAAAUUUCUAGUCAACUUUGUAACUGGAAUAUACAAACUCAACAAGGUGGUGGAGUUACCGCAUCGCAAGGUGGAUUCGAUUUUGACAUUGAUCAUCAAACAGUAAUUAGAGCACCAGAUGUUGCUUUUAUAUCUCAAAAUACGGUUCUCUAG